AUGACGGUGGCGCCUCUGCCUGCAGCCGGCAAGCCGCUGGAGCACGAGACCGAGAAAGCACCGAGCUAUUUUGCCUGGGCGACGUCACCGCGCCGGUCGUCACCCGACAGCCUCGCGCGAAACGACGAGCUCAAGCGCACGACCAAGAUGCAUCUGGAGCAGCUGCGCGCGUCGGCCACGAGCUUGCAGCAGUCGUUGAGAAGCGAUUGCCUCGACGACCUCACGCGCCAGCGCCGGCAGCAGUGCAAGGCCAACAUCGAGCACCUCGACCAACCGAGCGCCGUCACGAUACCCAUUGUACCCGGGACGCUCGGCCCGCCGCUGGCCGCGAUACUGUCGCCACCGCCACUACGAUCGAGUCGUCGGGCCGUCUUGCCGGCGAUGCCCGUGCACCCUCUGCCAAUACACCCUCUGCAUAAGCGGCCGACACCCGAGGGCAUCCAGCCAAUGGUGCUCAAACCAUCGACAUUAAUUGCAACGACCAAGCCGGCCAAGAAGGUGCGUUUUGAAGCCCCGAUGGUCGGCCGCUCCAAGCUGCAAGCGACGCUCGAAGCCCACUUGAAGCAGCGUCUCGCGCGGGAAAAGAUGCAGCUGUUGCUCCGAGCGCGGUCCCGCAAAUCAAAGUCCAGCUCGACCGACAGCACGGAGCCGCAGAAGACGACGGCAGCAACGACGACAGGCAGUCCAAAGGAGGCUCCAUUGACAACCAACAAGGCUCCGGGUCCAACCAUGGUUGCGAGCGCAGACGCGGCAUCGCCGAGCCACGAGGCAAUCGUCGUCGCAAAGGCGGUUGCAAGCGCUG